CGCAAGCUACCAUCUCAGGGUACAGCGGUUAGCGUUAGUCUAUCCACCUAUCCUUUAGUAAUUUGCACGAUUUGCACACAUCUUGUAAACAACAUUCCGUCAAGUCGCCAAGCUUAGUAAUAACGUUGAUUUUACAAGUUAUAAACGCUACGGCGUGGGCUACGGUUACUAAAGUCUGUACAGUAACCUCUCUACCGUUAUGGCAAAUGCAAACCACGGUGCACCCGACUCAACGGCGGACGGCUAUCCCCGAAAGCGGUCUCUCGUUCGUCAGGAAACCGAGGAUGAAGACGACGAAUUUUCGGCGUUCCCGACGACCAUUGAGGACUUCGGCUACUUCUUCAACGACUUUGGCCAACUGCGGAACCUCAGAACAGGCGAGCCAUACCUGUUCGUGGAACGCCCGAAUGAUCACGACUACAAUCAGGCGCGUUACGAAGCCCUCGGCGACGUGAUUACCGAGCACGUCUACGGCCUUCUCGAAACCGAAACUAAGCUGAACCGCCUCACUGUACCGGUAGACGUGCAGGAGCAUGAACCACACACGUUCAUCUUCGCGUCCGAAGACGCCUUUACCAACAAACACCGACUUCUGAUUCUGAUCCACGGGAGUGGUGUCGUCAGGGCCGGACAAUGGUCGCGACGUCUGAUCAUCAACGACUCUCUCAAGAAAGGGACUCAGCUACCUUACAUCCGCCGCGCUUUAGGCUUAGGCUACGGCGUCCUGGUACUCAACACCAACGACAACUCCCGCGUCGUUAACGGCCUCAAGCUGCCCAUCCGGGACAACGACACACCAGAGAGGCACGCCCGCUACGUCUGGGAACGCUUCGUCGACAAGACAGUCGCUCGACACGUUGCCAUCGUGGCCCACAGCUACGGCGGGAUCGUAGCCGUCAACUUGGCCAUGGAGUUCUAUUCGUCGUUCCGCGACCGCGUGUUCGCGUUAGGCUUAACAGACUCUGUGCACAGCUUUGCCCGCCAGAAAGUGCCGCACCGUGUGGUUCAGUUUCUCAGCAAUGUCAGCAGGAACUGGGUGUCCAGCCCAGAGCCCUUGGACAGGCCCCUUCGGGAUCGUCACGAUGGAGUCGACAUCAAGCGCGUUUCGGCCGGUACGGUAACCCACGAGAUGACAUCGUGGUCGGGCUUUGCGUCAGUCUUCGAGUUCCUUGAGUCUGCCUACCAAAAGACCAUCGCAGCUAACGGAGAUUAACCUCUGUCGAGGUCUUACCAACUUGGAGAAGCUUGUCCUUGCCGUAAGUUCUGCAGCCACUGAAUGUUCACAGCUUGAUAGGACUUCUGAGCUUUUCCUUUUCUUGUAGUUCUGGUAGUGCUACUGGCAAGCUGUCGUCGGGGUAAAACAUCUGUAGGGAGGCUUGUUGGCAUAAACUUGCGCCUUGAUGCAUUAUGCACAUUCAGACAUUCAUCCGUUCUAUAGAAAGUGGCUCCGGGGCAAAGCUUCGGCCUACAAAUCCCCAGUAGGCGGUUUUGAAUCCCGGCCGAGGGUGCCUGCAAUUUGCCAGAAGCUAAUAGUUGAGAAUGUACCGUUAAAUGGAGGCUUUGGUUGCAUGUCAAAAGAUCUCUAGGUGGUCAAAAUUAAGCCUGGCCUUCGUUGAGGCAUGCCAGAUGCACCUAGUUAGGUUUGGCGCAUAAAGCCCUCGAAUGAGCAGCCGUUCUGUAGUUGCUAAAACAAUCAAUCCUUGGAAAUCAUUUGUUUUCCAAGGAUUGAUCGUUCCAAGGAGUACUUUCAGGGCACUUUGAAGUGUGAACGCUGUCAGUCUGAAUGCUGUCAUUAACCAGCUCUGCCAAGCAAGCAUGUGAGGCCGUAGUUCCACAUAUUGUCCGCGUCUAUGAAAAAGCCUCCAUGCAAAUAAGUCCUUAUUCAAAACAGAUAGCUGCACACUUCAUAAAUAACAAUAGUAACUAUAUCUGUCAUGUAUCAGUCCCACUUGCAAAUCCCCGCGUCGAACGGGCAGUCGCCACCCCGGUCGUGGCUGACUUACAGUUUUGGACAUCACGGCGGAACAAGACAAAUGCAGUUUCUUUGCUAAUUAGGACAACGAAACCACACUCUAUCUGACUUUAUUGUCGCAAACAUAUUGUGAUUAGUAUUGCAACAUUAAAAUCUGUGCAGACUGGCUUCAGCGACGCGGUAUCCUUCAAGAUGGCGUCGGGGUCUAGUUGCCUUUUCGCACAACAGAUGGCGCUAUUUUAUAUAAAGGGUCUAUAUAAUCGGACAAACUCACUGCAGAGCAACUUUUUCAAAGGAUGCUAACAUUAGUCUAGCAUGCAUCGUCUAUAGACGGCGAAGGGUUUGGAAUAUGCUUGCCUCGGCUUGACAGCACCAACUGGUGCUGAGUGUAGACUUGGAUUCGCUGGUAUGGCAUCAUUGGAAAGAAUCAAAGCACCAAGACAGAAUGGGCACCUAAACGAGACAAAAAGAUUAAGUGCUCUUCAUUUGCCUCUUUUACUUGUCCCUUGGCACCUCGGUUCUUUCCAUUGGUGCUAAGGUGGCCACAAGAAAUGAAUCGGCGUCCAUUUUUGAACUUACUUGCAGAUUGCAGCACUUUCAGGGCACUUGGUGUCUUUAGAUGUGCACAGGAGAAUUUUAACAUUUUAAACCAGGCGUGCCUUGUAGUUUGUGGUCAGCCUUUCUCUCCUCAGCCAGGUGAGCCCUCUUUGUAAAGUAAUGCCUUUUUAAUACCGUCAACAGAAGUGGUACACUCUCAGCUAUACGGGUCAGUAGUUUACCUGCACUCUUUGGAUGUACUUUUUUUUUUUUAGUACAUUGGACACUCGUGUAAGUAUUUUAGAUGUAAUGGAGCAUGCAGACUGCUUCACAUGACAGGUUGAACAGAUGUUGUAGAGGGAAUGAUCGAAGUUUCCACAUUGCAUUUCAGAAAUGAAAUUUUUAAGUGCAAAUGUUUUUGACAUGACAUGGUUUUCUGCACCUAGGUGGAUUUUUUUUGAGUGACAAGCACUGUCUGGGGAGUUGUCUGUGAACUACCCAAUGUGCCUCCGCCCAUCGAAACACAUUGGCAUUGUGCCAUGGUAUCGGUUUUUGUUGCUUUUUGGGCCCCAUACUGCAUAUUCUCAAAAAAGAAUCAACAAAAAAUAGAUUAUGCACAAAGAUAGGUGCUGACAACAUUGGUUUCGUGGGAUGGUACCCAUCGAAAAUGGUGGCAGCUGGAAGUAAGGCCAGGGGAGUGGGCGUGUGCAGAGGCCUACUGGAAAAAGGUCCAUUGAAACGUGUGCUGCAUUCAACAAAUAUGCUUAGACAAACGGCAUCAAAUCUUUGCCAUUGCAUAGAUAAGAUUUCUUGAUGAUUUCAACCAAGUAAGAACUCUGUAUACGAUAGGCUCAAGAAACAAGGAUACAAGAAACAAACAAGGGCUUAAAAGGGGCUGCUAAAUGGUUUAGUUGUCAAUCAUCUAUGUGUGAACGUCAUAUCUGUCUAUACCUUCAACUGAUAUAGUGAUCAUUGAUGGUACUGCUUUAGUUUUGUCUAGGCUUUGGGCUGGACUAUUUAGGAGAGUAUGUUUUGAGCAUUUCAUUCGAGGACUCAUUAGUGGCACUGAUAUGCUAACGCAUUUUAGUUGUGGCACGUAAGUGAUGCUUGCAUUUAUAUAUACGUUUUUGACAAGCCAGUAUUCAUAAAAAGUCAACCAUUGCAUUGUGCUUUUUGCAUGAAGUAAGAAUAAAUACCUUUUUACAUCUUUACAGCCCAUUGAAAUCUGCCAAAUAAGCUCUAAAUUAAGCGAGCGCAGUGAGGUGUAAAUGUGGUGGCAGAUACUUAAAUUAAAACAUACUGCCUGAGCAUUUUAUACCAGCCUGCAACUUCAAACUAAGUUGUGUUCGUUGGUAGUAUUGUGUAACUUGUGUGUAGGAUUUUGGCUGGUCUGUUUAAUUAAGUAUGCUCUGAGCAUUCCAUUCUUGUUUUCUUGUAAUUCUGCCAUGACCUUGAAAUCAUUAAUGGCACUGUGUGUCAUUAUAGGAUAUGCAGGAGUUCCAAAACAUUUAGGUACAUGGUUAUGCCUGCAUUUAUGCGCUUUUGAUAAUCAUUCACCAUUGUUAAUCUGGUAUCAAGAGUUAUCUUUGUGUUGCGCUUUCCAGAAAUUGUGAUAAGUCAAAACAAAUUAGGUUUGGAUUUUUUUAGACAUUUUUAAAGGUGAAAGUGUCUUUAGUAUUUUCUAAAAGUCGGCCGUUUUUUACAGCCCUUUUUUUUUUUUUUCAUAAGGUGUUACUUUGCAUUGUUGUGCAUACUAUGGAUACAAUGCAAACCACCUUGUCCCUGAAAAAAAAAAAAAAGUGAUACCUUUCUUUGCAUGAGAGAUGAGUAAAGGAAAAUGCAAGUAAAACUGAA